CUUUUUAAGAGCUAAGGAUAUAUUAUUGGGGGGUUUUCUGUUCUCAGCAUUGAGACAGUGUCAAGCUGUGGACCAAGACACUUCAGGGAAAGGAGAAGUGAUUUCCUAACAGCUCAUACUUGACCAACUGAAACCAGAGAUUUUAUGGAUCAAGAGAUUCACUUGAGUUCAGGAGAUGAUGAAGAACCUUCAGUCCUCCUCGGUCGGGUGCUGCUGAGGCUGCAGGAUGCUGUCGCCAUGGCAAUGUUCAGCAUCCGUAGGAGAGUUAUACAGGGCUUUGUUGUGUUUUCUGUCGUCUUGCUGCUCCUCUUGCUUGCUGCCUUUUUGUACGGGAGCUUCUACUACUCUUACAUGCCCAGGGCAGCUUUUUCAACACCUGUUCACUAUUACUACAGGACAGAUUGUGAAUCGCCUGCCUCUUUUUUGUGCUCUUAUCCAGUGGCCAACGUCUCUCUGAUGAGAAACAAGAAACAUGUGCUGACAUUUGGUCAGGCUUAUCGGAUCACUCUGCAGCUGGAGAUGCCUGAGUCCCCAGCCAAUGAGGAGCUGGGGAUGUUCAUGAUCAGGACAACCUGUUUCUCUCGGGAUGGAGGCCACAUUGCCUCCUCUUCUCGCUCUGCAAGACAACUGCUGUCCGCCUCCAGCUCUCGCUUUAGCAUGCUGCGAUACCGCUCAGAACUGCUGAGGACCCUGGGAACGCUGCUGUUCCUCCCGGCCUUUUUGAUCGGAGCCACUGAGCAGAAACAAGUGUUGGAGGUGGAGCUCUUCCCCGACUACACAGAUGACCCUUAUGCCCCCUCGAACACAGCCGUCAUCGAGAUCCUGUCCAAUAAAGUGCAGAUCUACUCGUCUCAGCUGUACAUUCAUGCUCAUUUCACUGGCAUAAGGUACUUGUUGUUCUACUUCCCUGUCUUGUCAGCCCUGGUGGGUGUGUCCAGUAACUUCAUCUUCCUCAGUGUCCUCUUCAUCCUCAGCUACAUGAGGCUGCUGAUGAGAGUGGAAUGGAAACCAGAGCAGAUCAGAACAGAUGGACCGGUGUCAGAGAGGGAAAAGAACACAAACAACAACCAGCAAGAGGAUGAAAAUGAUGUUGCUGCGGGUACUGCAGAGCUGCUGGGCCCCCUCCAGAGAACCCCCACAAAUCUGAGCUGGGAGAAGCCCCAUUUGCAUGUUGGCAACACCGUAGAGCUGCAGAACAGAAAUACACUGGAUCAGGUCGAAGUAAAUGAAUCAGAGGCAGGCUGAGAACUUUGAAAAAGGAGAGAGAGGAAGUGUAGAGAGCGUGAUCUAGUGAGGAAGAUUAAAGCAAGAUAUGUGGUUGAAAGGGCAAUGACAGACAUGCUGAGGGAUGGGCUGAGUUGCUCUGUUUGAGCUGUAGAACUUCAACGUAGCCACUUCCACUUUAAAAUCAUGUACUCUGGGUCCUACUGGUGUUUUGCCUUUAAUGGUAAUACCUUGUGAUUUGAGGUCAACACUUCUGAAACCCCAUCACUUCAUACAAAUAUCCCUUUGUCAGUUACUUUUUAAUGCUAAGCACUUAAUAGCCCUCACCCAGUGUUGUACUAUCUAUCUGAAAUUUUACUUUAAAAUGUUGUCAACCCAUCUGUAACUUGAGUAAAGUGUAAAAUUAUGAUUAAAGUGACCUCUGCAUCUUUUUUUAAUCCUACAAAAAUAUCUUAAAUUGACUGAGUUGUAAGCCAUAAUGUAUAUUACUUGGCCAUAAAUCCAUUCUAAAGUAUACUCUGUUUAACUGCUGCAAUAAAACCAUUUAAAAAUGUU